AUGGAAUCUUCUUCCUGGACUUUAAACACAAUUGAUCCGUCUAUGAUUUCCGAUCUCAGUGGUAAACUUAUUCCAGGUGACAAGGAUAAUAAAGGUAGAGACGAACAGCUUACUGGCUUGCGCAUAAAAGGGCGAGCUAAUGAAUUUGUGGAAUCUGACGAUAAUGAUGGGGAAUUUGUUGGGUCUUCUCGCUGGAAUCCAAAACAGCCACAACGCUCUCAAAUUCGAGUUGGUAGCGGGAUUGGUCGAGGGAGAAACCUCGACAGUAAUCCAAAUCGCCAAGAAAUCAACACCAGUGACAAAUAUGUACCACACGAUUAUCGACGCAAAUAUCGUGAUCGUGAUCCCUACCCUAAUCGUAACAACCGGCUACGUUCCUUAUCACCCGAUAUUUAUCCACCACGGCAGAGAAAUGGUGGCCGCGCGCCUGCUAGAUCACCACCGCGCGGACGGGGCAGACCGCCCCCAUCAUCAUCUAGAGGAGGCUCCAACAAAAAUAGGAGAGGUCCUCCAGGUCGCGGAAGAGGAAAGUCUGAUAACAGAGAUGUGUACCGGCCUAUGCCUAGUGAUGCGAAACGGGCAUGGGACAAACAUAGACUCUGA